GCAUGCAGUGACAGUGAAGGUCUGAAUACAGUGCUUCACUGCCCAGUAUCGCAUCAGCACACACUCUUUUGGAUUUAUAUUUGAAAAUGCAGCUUCCCGACAAAUUUUUUUUCCGGCUUGAUUGCCACCAAGCUGCGAUUGCUUUUGGAGUCUUCGACUUGAUCAUACUGUUCCCCUUACUGUGUUACACCAAAGCAGCUCAAAUUGUGAUGGAAAAUAACGCGAAUGUGACAGCAAAAAUCAUUGAAAUUUUUGGUGAAUCUGCUACAAAGGAAGUUUCCAACGGAAUGUUUGGUGCGGUUGCGUCUGCUCUCUUCCACAGUGUCAUCGUUAUUUUUAUGCUAAUUGCUGUAUUCAAGCAAGGAAAACUGACCCGAUGGUUAAUGCUGCCGUGGCUUAUAUACAUCCCAAUCGCACUGCUUGGAAUCAUCGCUUUAGCUAUAAAUUCCGCCAUCGUGUUCUACACAUUAGGCGGAGCUCCUGCAGCAUUGCUUACAGCCAUCGCGGGUCUCUUUAGUAUUCUUUACUUGUGCUACUCCAUACUGGCAGUUUUUUGCAGUUUCCGAUCAUUAGGCUCUCCCUCGUAUGAAACAUCAAAUUUGCCUCUAAAACAAGGAGACGCCGUCGUUGUUAUAUGAUUUUGGAAAAAUUGUGAAAGACUUCA